AUGAAAUUAGCAGUUCUAAUAGCGAUAAUAGUAUCAAUUGGACUCUGUUAUAGAACACCACAAUAUGAGAAUAUGUAAGCACUCAUAGUUCAAUAUGCUGGUGGUCAUAUAUUAGAAGCCUAAGCAGGAGUUCCUAGAUAAGUAGUUGUGGAUGUAAAAUUCAAGAAAACUUUCGAAGUAGCUCCUUAAGUUUUUAUUUCAUCAUAAUUACUUGAUUGGGCUGCUGGUUUACCUUAAGGAUAUAUGGAAAGAGUUAGUGAUAUCACAACAACAGGUAAUAAUUUUUUAUUAUUUAAAUAAUAAAGGAUUCAAAUUAAGUGGAGUUGCAGUUGGACCAUCUCCUGUUUAUUCGUUAUUUGUUAUUUGGUAUGCAAUUUACGAUCCAAGAGUUUAAGUCGUUACAUUUGAAUCUACAGAUGUAAAAGAACUAAAAACAGGUUAAGGUGAAAGAAAAAUAUCAUUUACAAUUGAACACAGUUUAAAAGAUGCAACAAAUGCUAUUGUUGGUUUAAUUGGUUGUAAACAUUUACUAACUAAUCCAAUAGUUGAAGUUAAAGUAAUGUAUAUUUUUUUAAUUUUAGGUUGAAUAACUAACACCAAAGUCUGUGACUGUAUCAGCAAGAACAUAUUGGUAAGCAUAAUUGGAAUUUGUAAGAUUUAAUGUUCUUUUGGGUACAGAUUAGAUAUUAUGGGCUUCUCCUCCAUAUGUUUUUUAUAAUGAUCCUGCUUCAAGUCAUCCUUUUGUCAAAAGAGCUCCAAGUGCUGCUGAAGUACCAUAUAUUAUUGCAUUACCAAAAGUAUGGUAAAGUGGUCCAAGAUUUCCUAUUGUUACAUUUAGAGGUUAUGAUGUCGAAAGAUCUAGAAAUAUGAGAUUAUCAUUUAAUUUUAUGGGUUUAGAUACAAACUUAAAAUACAAUUUAAUAACAUGUAAUUAUUAUUAAUAAUAUCUUUUUAGGGUGGGAUACUCAAAUAUAUGGAGUUUUCCAUUAAGCUGGUGUCUUAGUUGCUGAUACUACUUAUAAAAUAUUUGAUCCAAAUUGUGCUGAGCUCUUCUCUGAAUGUAAUUUUAAUGGAGACUCUAUCACUGUUUGUGAUCGAAUUCCUGAUUUACCAGCAUAUGGAUGGUCUAAACCUAUCAAAUCAUUAACCGUUCCACUAUCUAGAAGAAUUUAUCUUUUUAAUAAAGAAAAAUAUGAAGGUUAGAGAACUUCUUUUGUUACCAACUAAUAAUGUAUGGAAUCAAUUACCUUUACAUUUGUAUAACUCUAAUCAUUUGAAGAAGAACAAAAUCAUAUUCUUACAAGUUAAUGA